CAUUCAAAUCGAGUGAAUGAUAUCAGCAUCGAUGAGCCUGGCGAUUUCAUUAUCAGUUGUUCGAAUGAUGGCCGUGUUGUUACAUAUUCUCUAUCUGAACCAGGGCAAGCGCAAUUUAUUAAAUUUUCUUACCAAAUCAAGUCAGUGGCUAUUGCUCCAGAUUACUCCAAGUCGCGCCAGUUUGCAGUUGGAGAGAGUAAGCUUAUUCUUAUAUCAAAAGGAGUUCUCUCAAAGAUUAAGCGAGAGGAGCUGGCUGUAACCAAAGGCAAUUAG